AUGAAACGUAAAGUUAAACCGACCGGCCAUCGUUGUUCCCUUCCCGGGGCACUACGUGCGGAUGGCUCCGAAACACACCUUCCGCCGAUACUCCCAGGUACCUCACUUUCCACUCGCUUUUUUCGGUAUCUUCGAACGCUGUUGCUCGUGUCACCAACGCACCCGGAAACAUGCACCUACUACCGCAGCCGUACGAAGAUUUCGGCCGAGAACGAACGGCUCGUGUGUGAUUUGCCCCCGUUUAUCGUACAUCCUUUUAGCCGCUUCCGGCAAUGCUGGGAGGCUGUGAUCUACUGUGUUCUGACGCUGCAUCUACUUCUGCUGGCUUUUACUUUCGCCUUCGCACCUCAUCUUGCUCCUGGAAUACUCGGAGGACUGCAGUUAAUCGAUGUAGGAUUCUGCAUGGUAUUGGGGAUAGAAUUUGUGCUGAAGCUGGUUACGGGAUACGUUGCUGAGGACGGCGUGGUGGUGCUAGAUCCCGGUCAGAUCGUUCGCUACCGUUUACGCUGGUGGAACGUGGCAAAUCGACUUCUGCUCAUCGUACCGUACGUCGUUCUGCUGGAUGAACUGGUUCGUGCUUUUUACCAGGAUGCUGCACUGGUGUAUCUGGCGUUAGUGGUCUACCUGUAUCUGCUGUGCAUCUGGCGCUUUAGGACGGUUGGGUGGUACUUCCGAAGCAUCGCACAAGGCAUGUUUGGUACAUCUGGAAGGCAGCUGAGCUUCAUCGAACCCAUUCUGGAUUCGCUGUACGUGCUUCACUGGACCACUUGCCUUGUGUACAUAGUUCCUUUGCUGACCGUGUCUCUGCUUGGUGGGAGUCUUUCUGGGGCCAACUUCCUCGUAGACAUCCUGUGGACGCACGAUCAUCAGCGCGAUACCAUCCACUAUCCCAUCACGCAUCGAGCUAGAAUGCAGGCAGAUGAUUUCAAGCACUUUUUACAGGAACACCCUGACGGUAUACAGGCGCAGUUCUUCGCUAUGAAACUGGAAGAUCUUGAACGUAAUGUGACGGUGCCCUACCGAUACCUGCGCGCCCUGAUGAUCACACUGAAGAUCAGCCUCCAGGGCGGCCACUCGCUGUCCGUGGGUAACCAUUUUCUGCACGAAUGGAUGCAAUCGCUGCUACUGCUUGGAGGCUGGAUCUGGUCCACUUACGUGCUAUUGCUGUUGAUUCGUUCACUCCAAACGGCCGAUGCCAGCGAUACCGGUUAUGAUGAAACGCUUAACGAAAUCGACGCUUUCUGCCAUACACAACGACACUCCGUUGUAACCAACCGCAAGAUGGCUCGCCACGUUGGAUGUCGUUUUCGAACCCGAUUUUUCGACGAGCGGCCUAUCCUGACACAUGCCACGGACAACGUGCGUCGACGUUUGCUAACGGAAAUCGGCGUGUUUCGGGCGUUUCUGACAAGGGCCGACGUGUUCCGCGACUUCCCACCAUUCCUUCUUGAAGAUAUCGCCGGUCGACUGCGUUUUGAGCUGAUGCUCGAGGAGGACAUCAUCGUAAAGGCUGGCUGUGGUGCUGGCUCGAUGUACUUUCUGGCCAGUGGAACAACUGCCGUUUACGCGCCGGAUGGAACCGAGUUGGGUCACCUGAUCGAUGGAGCCAACUUUGGGGCGAUCGGACUGUUUCGAGCUGGGGCUCUAAGAGCUGUGACCGUGGUGGCACUGGAGGUGUGCGAACUUUACAAACUAGACCGGUCGGAGUUCCUGCAAGUGAUGAAACCGCAUACGUAUCUCUUAGCACAACUAACGAAGCAAAUGGAACGUCGCAUUACUGAAGCCACUGAGCUGACGCUCGAGGAUCGUCUCUUUGAUACGUUCUUUUACUAG